AUGGAGAACCCCCACGCGGAGCGCCAGAAUGUCCUCCUUCAACGCAUCAUCAAGAAUGCGGACAAGUGCACUGAGAUGGUCGUUGAACUCAACCACUGUCUAGAGGAAGUCAUACGAGCCAAUGCUCACGUGAAGACAGCCGCUGAUCUGGUGACCAAGUACAGGAAGAACGUGCAGUAUAACCUAGAGGCAACGCGAGCAGCAGAGGGAGCAGUGGUUGAAGAUGAAUGA